AUGGCCAGUCCCUCCCUCUUCCUCCAAACCUCCUCCUUCCUCACUCGCUUCACCCAAAACCCAUCUCCACCUUCUCGCCAAAAUCUCUUUGCUUCCCGCCAUAACAUCCGCUGCUGCUCGAUCUCUGCCACCUCCUCCAGCAGCGCACCAUCAAAGGCGUUCGAGAUCCCGUGGGGCUGCGAGAUCGAGUCCCUCGAGAGCGCGUCCGAGCUCCAGCAAUGGCUAUCGGAUUCAGGUCUGCCUCCGCAAAAGAUGGGGAUCGAAAGAGUGGAUGUUGGAGAGCGAGGGCUGGUUGCUCUGAAGAACAUUAGGAAAGGGGAGAAAUUGCUCUUCGUGCCUCCGUCCCUUGUUAUUACUGCUGAUUCGGAAUGGAGCUGUGCAGAAGCAGGAAAUGUCAUGAGGAGAUAUUCUGUACCAGAUUGGCCGUUGCUCGCCACUUGCCCUUUUUUUUGA